GCCUCCAUCUUGAGAGACGCGGGCUUCUCCAGCCCGAAUUCCAGGUUUAGGUCUGGGGCUGUGAAGUCACCUUGGCAGGCACACCUGAGGCCCUCUACCCAGUCAGCUCACCCCUGCUCGAGGGACGACGCUGAGAACAAAGGGCUCCACCUGAGCCGGCCCCCAGUCCCCAUCCGGCACGGCGGUACCAAGCCCCGCACCCCCUGGGCAGGCCCGGUGGCUCGGCUUAUCUGGAAGUCCCUGCAGUGCCCUCUACCAUGAGUUGACUUUGACUUCAAGACAUCCCUUGAAGCAGAAGCUUGAAAUGGGCUUGACAUUGAGACUUGUUCUCUUGGACAACUUCCAUCACCAUGAGAAUAUACUCAGGCCAACCUGGUUGAGUGACACAUGGAGCAGAGUUGUCUGGUCAUUCUAGCUGAGGCCAGUCUAGAUAAGCAGAAGUGGGAGCCAGUCAACUCAGAUGUCAAAAAGGCGAACCAUGCCUAUGAAGGCCAACAGGAUUGAACCUAGGAGCCAGAAGACCGAAAGAUGGAAAAAGGAUAGUCCAUGGAUUUUACACAUCUUCAACCACAAAUGCUGUGUUACUUCCAUUACUGGCUGCUACAGCUGCCAGUGGAAAAUCAAACAGGAGAAAAAAUCUAAACGUGGACCCUACUGCUCUUGGAGAGAACGAUUAUUUUACGCAUGUCUGGUUAUUUCAUUUUGCGUGUCUGUGCUUUUGCUGUUUGUGUGGAUAGAAUCCUCAAACGAAUACUUUGGCUUUGACUGGGUCAUUUUUCUAGGUACAGGAUUCUGGUUCUUCUGGUCCAUUGUCUUGCUGAGUUUUUUUGGGAUCCUGGCUGCCUACACAUCAUUGCUCUUGGUACUUGGAUCUUUGUUGCUUUGGGAGGGGAUAGAAUUGUACCUGCACUGGUGUCAUAAGAUCCUGAUUCUGCUGGUGAUUCUGACAUGCUCGUUCUUUUUCUGGAUUUUAUUCACUUAUUGGAAAGACAGGUGGCUCACCGUUGGGCUGUCACUGCAGGUCUUUGCUCCCUACAUACACCUGAGCAGCAUAUCUGUGAUGGUUAUGCUUUCCUGGCCUGUGGCCUUCUACUUGAUCUAUUUGGAAGGAGAAGGUAGAAUCAGAAGAUACCAGAUGACGUGUUAUGAGAGAAAAAGAAAGAAAAGGUGUAAUGUGCUCAUAAAGUUGAGAGCUCUACAAGUGGCUAUUGGAGUGCCCUUUUUUCUCAUCCUCUUGUGUCUCUAUUUGCUUCCAUUGGGGAUUUAUUCUCCCUGUAUUCAGGAGAAGGAUAAAUUGGGACCCAAGCCGAACUUCUUUGGACAUAGAGGUGCACCCAUGCUGGGGCCUGAGAAUACCAUGAUGGCCUUUGAGAAAGCUGUUGAACAUGGGGCCUUUGGGCUGGAAAGUGAUGUACAAAUGAGUUAUGAUCAUGUGCCUUUUCUCAUGCAUGACUCUGACCUGAGAAGAACAACCAAUAUCAAUGAGGUCCUGCCAAAUGCCUCUUUGACCCACCCUUCCUUAUUUGAUUGGGAUUUCCUGUCGACUCUGAAUGCAGGCAAAUGGUUUUCACAUCCACGGUUCAAACCAUUUUACAAUAUGAAGCCCCUAUCAGAGGCUGAUAGAGAAAAAGCAGGAAAUCAGAAGAUUCCAAAACUAACUGAAUUAUUGGAACUUGCACAGAAGGAAAAAAAAUCUGUGAUAUUUGAUCUUAAUGCCCCUGCACCAAGACAUUUUCACAGAAGCUCGUAUGUCCGCCAUGUAGUAAGCGUGAUCCUUGACUCUAAGAUUGAGCAACAUCUGAUUUUUUGGGUGCCUGGUUUUGAUAGGGAGUAUGUCAGGAAAAGAGCUCCUGGUUUUCAGCAAGUGGGCCAGUUAUUCUCCAUUGAACGCCUCAGAAAAGAAAAUAUCAGUAGAAUAAAUGUUGACUACAAGAGAUUGUUCUACAGUGGAUUGAGAGAAUAUAAAGCAGUUAACAUCAACAUCAACUUAUACAUCGUCAAUGAACCUUGGCUUUUCUCACUGGCCUGGUGCUCCAGCAUUUACUCAGUGACCACAGACAACAUUCAGGUCCUGAAUGAGAUAAAUCACCCUUACUUCUUCAUGACACCAAGUUACUAUAAGUUCAUGUGGAUUCUCAUGGAUUGUGUUUCUGCAGUUUUCAUUGUUGCCGUAUUUUAUUUUCAUUGGUGGAGAGAGAGCCAAAAAGAAAAAUUACUCAAGAGCACCGGCAUUCACACAGAAUCUCAGAGUAUAAGCCUCCGAACUGGAAAAAGUGAGAAUCAAGAACCUUCACAUAUAUCCAUAGAUCCUCCCGCCCGAGUUAUGGAAAUCCCUUGGAUUCAAGCAACCCUCUACCCAACUUUAACCAAGAGUGUAAGGAAACACCCAGACCCUAGCUGUUUUUCAGUAGUCCCCAUGAAGAAAGCCAGCAAACCAGAGCAAGUCAGCAAAACCAUCAAGACACCAAUGCCUGGCAAGGAUGACGUUAGACAACUGGUACCCACCAUGAAGGCCUUUGAACCCACCCAAGCACCCAUCUGGGAGUCGACCAGAGAGACCCCCUUGCAAACUUCAUUGUCUGCCAUAGAGGCAGAUGAAACAAUUUCCUGCGUAGACAUCCCUCAUCCUGAAAAACAAAUUGAAAAGCCCCCCAGUAUUGAAUCUUCAGAAGAAUCCUCUUUUAUGUUUUCCACCACAUCCAGCCUGUCCUUCUCCUCCUUAAGGCUGUCUUCAAAGAAGGAUUAGCCACAACUUGCCCACUUCUUCCUCUUCCUCUCUGCGCCUGAGGGUAGUGAUGGUGUGGAGCAGUCAAGAAAGGAGUGCGGAAGAGCCACUAAGGCUCUCAGGAAAACCAUUCUGGUCUAGUCUUUCUAUAAAGAGUGCAUCUCAAGGGGAGAGGCAAGGGAAAAAUAGUUGUUGUAGUCUUGGAGCUGGAGCUGGUUGUUCUCUGAGUGUUAACAGGUUUUAUCUCAUCUGUGGUGAACAUCAGCAUGUAAAUAAAGGCAACCUCUC